GUGCUGUUCACAUAGUUGUUAACAAUGAAUGCAGACAAGUGGAUUUUCCCUUUAGCUCUGUGCUUCCUUUGUGCAUCUUCAAACGAUGAGCAGCACUUUGAGAAAUUGUGCGGGCAGAAUCCGUAUCUGUGUGAGAUGCACACAGUCAGCACUCCACUUGGCUCGUCUGUGCUUCUUCCAUGCAACUUUACAACCAGCGGCCUUGGGUGGGUGUCGUGGGUCCGCGCUUCCGGGGAAAACCUUCUCCAUCUCAUGUCUGAUGGCCACGUGCAGUUCAUGCUGCCCAAAGAGGGCCGUGUGAAAGUGUUCCCAAACCAGGGCUCGAGGGGGAACUACCCCAUCAUGAUCGAUGACCUUCAGGACUCUGACCUGGGGUGUUACUGCUGCUUGCAAGGAAAUAAGUGUCAUCAGGUGGACUUGCAUGUCACAACAGACACACUGAGUGAAGAGACAUGGCGUCUGAUCUACAUCUGUGUUGGUGUGGUAACGUUCAUCCUGCUGGGCGUCGGCAGCUACUUCCUCCACAAAAAGAUGACGCAGGACAAUACCACCAAUCUUGUAGGCGUAGAUAUUGAGGUCAGUGACCAACCUACACCCACAGACCGAGAGCCACAACAUGAAGAACUCGGAGGAGCCGACAACCAUAGUCUUGUUUACGAGAACGACGACCAGGACCCAGCCAACCAGCAGGGGGACCUUAAAAUAAACUAUUGUAGUACUGUAGGUCUCCCUGAUCUAUACAGAGCUCAGACAACUCCGAGCACCGUAUAUGCAAACUUGAACCAGUUUAAUUUUGUGAUGGUGGAGAGUCAGAGAACUACGCACAGAUUCCAAAGAGAAGUCUACGACAGAUCAGGCAAAUCCUGUUUCACUCAACAUGAUUAUGGUAAUUUUUAUAUUCUUCAUGAUUUCCAUACUGUCAGGAAUUUCACUAAUUUCUUUUAUUGCAUAGUUAACCAAGAUGAAAUCAGCAAUCAACCAACCAUGUCAGCUACAGUGGAGAAUCAUGAGCGAGGUUUCAGGAAGAAGAAAGCCAAAGCGAAUCGUGAAUACAACAAUCCGAUUUACAACAGAAGCCAAGAGCAGCUCAACCAAUAGAGAGCCAGCUGUCUUGAUGUUUUCAGAAUCAGCAUCCUGUCAUGAUUACAGUCCCUCAUCAGUCAUUUCCUGUUUGCUUUUUCUCUUGUUAAGUUCAGCAAAUAAAGAUCUUCAAACCCACACAAAAUCAUAUCUGUGCAUGUGCUGAAUUUAGACAAGCAUAUCUACAUGAGAUUAAAUGCUAUAUGUAAUUACAAGAUGUUGUGACAUCAGUAGCUCAUCCUAAAGAGAAAAACACAUUCACACAUAUACACAGGUUACACCAUUUUGCUUUCGAUUCAUUUCAAAAGAUAAGAUAAACUGUAUUGAUGCAACUGCAGGGAAAUUCACCUGCUACAGCAGAAGACAGUCAAAAUGAGGUAAACAAGAGAAAAAAAUAGUCAAUAACUAAUAAAAUAAUGAAUAAAAAUAUAAAAAAAUACAUAGUAUGUAUAUAAAAUACACUUUUAACUACGGAUGGAAAUAUUGUUUGUAUAAGAAUGUACUUGAGGAGUGAAGAUUUCCACUCAUGUCUCCUUCUUCAAUGUAGAUGUAUAUAUAUAAUAUAAUUGUUAUACAGAUAAUCUCCAAGAGAACAUUUUCUUGUACCGUGAGUAGUUUAACGUGGAAAAACAGUGCAGCUUAUAUACAUUACAUACAUCAUCUGAAGAAAACAAUGUGUUAAAUCACUGAACCGCAUGUAUAUGUUUGUUGUUUUGCACAUGUCCCUUUUAUUUUCUAUAAUUCUUUUUAAAUGCCGAUUCCUGUAUGGUUAGAAAGUAGUUCUUUGUUCU